UUCUUGGUAUUGGACAUUAACAGUACUUAAUUGUCUAAUUUAUAAUUUUAAAAAUAUACUAUGAUUAUGGAUCGCAUAGAUUUGCAAGUAUACAUUUUUACUAAAAUAUUUAUUUUGUUACUGAUAAGAAGCGAUUCCUAGACACGGAGAGAGUAUAAUUAGAGGGGCUGUUGUUUGGGGACUGGGUCUGUACUCUGUAUAAAAGGGGAGUCUCCUGUUCCAUCUCACAAUCCCAAAAAAUUAAAAUCUUUUCUUUAUUUCUGUGAAGACCCGUCGUUUCAGCGUUCAAGCUUGAUCGAGGAUGAUGCAGGCUGAUCCUCUGUCAUCGCAGCCGCCGGCGAAAUACGCCGGUGAUGACCGAUUCCCGGGUCUUUUCGGCAAGCUGACUGAGGAUUUGGGUUUCAAAUUGAAGAUUGAUGGUUCCCGAGAAGAAGAAGAAGAGGAGGAGGAGCGACCAAAUCUGGAGGAAUCCGUCAAAGUCCAUGGUGAGAGGGACGAGGAGGAGGAAGAAGAGGAUUUCUCGUUCGCUUUUGUACAAAGCGACGGAUCUCCGAUAACCGCCGAGGAAGCUUUCCAGAACGGCCUUAUCCGCCCGGUUUACCCUCUCUUCGGUCAAAAUCCCGAGUAUGAACAGGGUGACUAUGUCCUCGUGCCCGAGGACCAGAGUCUAGCUCUGCGGCUGCCGGUGAGGAAAGUAUUCGUGGAGGAUAACGCCGGCGGAGACAGAGACGAGGACGAGGAAUCCACGGCCGAAUCGUCGGAGCCGCAGGGGCCGUUCUGCUCGUGGUCGGGGAAGACGGUGGCGGAGGCGUCUCCGGAAUCAUGCCGGAAAAGCAACUCGACGGGGUUCUCGCGACUGUGGAGGUUCAGGGACCUCCUCCUGAGGAGCAGCAGCGACGGAAAAGACGCAUUCGUGUUCAUGAGCAGCGAAGGGGCGGCGAAGGAUGGGGGGAGAGGGAAGAAGGAGGCGUCGGCUCACGAGAAGCUGUACGUGAGGAACAGAGCGAGCAGGGAAGAAGCGAGGCGGAGAUCAUACCUUCCGUACAAGCAGGUUGGGUUUUUCGCCAAUGUGAACGGUCUCAGCAGAAACAUCCAUCCGUUCUGACGAUUUUAAAGCCUUUGAAGAACCCGGACUUGGAUUCUAGUGGGGGCUCUCAAGAUCCCAAGUUUAGGUUUUCGGUUGGGGUGGUUGUAUAUAUAAAAAAAAAAAAGUCUACUUUAUUUUUUAGGUGGUUUUGGGUUGGGGACUGCGGAUUGUUGUUGUUGUUCGGUACCCCGACUACUGUUCUUUUGUCCUUAGGGUGUUAAUAUGUCGAAAAGUAGGCCUAGGAACGGUUUCAAGUGCUCCCAAGUUCUGGGUCAGCAGCAGGUCUGCAAUUCUAGCUCUCUACUGAUUGUAAUACCACCAACAAUGAACAUCACAUGCCUUUUACAUUGAUUAAUUUCCAUGUCAA